AAUCACCAGCCGCCAUGGGCGGCCGCAGUUCCAAAAACGACGCUCCACUGGAAUUGGAUGAAUCGCCGAAAAGCAGGGCCUUCACUAGGCAGGCACCGUUGGAUAAGACACCGAGUCCCAAGAGUCCGACCGGGCGGCCCUUCCUGGCCAGGAGUUGGUCAGCUUUGAGCGCUUCGGGGCGGAAAGACGACAACCGGCAGGAGCUGAUGGAGUUCUUAUGUCAGGUGCCCCUGCUGAGAUGCCUGCCACGAGCAAAAGUGGCGUUGCUGACGGAGGUGGUGGUGACCCAACGCUUCAGCCCUGGCAGCAAUGUCUUCCAACAGGGCGAUGAAGGAGACUCCUUUUUCGUGAUCCGCAGCGGUACCGCCGCCGUGGUCCGAGAGGAGGAGGACAACGAAGAAGAGUUGAUGAUUCUGAAGAUGGGCGACUUCUUCGGCGAACGCGCCCUGCUGACCUCCGACGUCCGCAGCGCCACGGUGCGCGCGGACACGCAGCUGACGGUGCUGGAGCUCUCCCGGGAACAGUUCGAUGCGAUGGGGCUCAGGGAGGAACUGGACUUCCACGGUCGCAAGAGUCUCUUGGUCGGGAGUCAUUUGGUGAACUCCCGCACACCAGCAGAGAAGACACGUGAAGAGCUGAAGUUCAUCCGCGACAGUGUGGCCAAGAAUGAAAAUUUGUCAAGCAUCCUGGACGUUCGAAACAUGCCGCAUUUUGCAGACCCCGCCUGGAAGGAAGAGUUUGGAGCGGGCCAAGCCGUGAUUGAACAGGGCGAUACGGAAGCAGAUUUCUUCUACGUGGUCCGCAGCGGUGACUUUCAGAUCAUCAUCGACGACAUGGUGACCGGAUCCCUCGGCAAAGGCGACUGCUUCGGCGAGUUGUCCUUGAUCUGCUCCGCGCCCCGCACGGCCACGGUGAGAGCCACGACUUUUUCCACAGCGUGGGUGUUGCCGCGAGGCUGGCUGAAAAGUGCGGCAGAAGAAUCAGCUCGCAUCGCCUCCAGGCUGGCCAUGGUGUAUUUGAACCAGGUGAAAAGCUUGGAUGUCCUGCUGCAAGCGGAGAAGGAGUUGAUUGCCCCCUUGCUCACCAAGUGCGAGUUCGAGAUGAAGGAGACCAUCUUCAGACUCGGAGAAGAGGAGACUUCCAUGUACAUCUUGACGAAGGGCCGCGUGCGCGUGGAGAGUGAUGAGGUGGUGGAGCUUGAUGCCGGCAUCUCUGAGGAUGGCAGCUCGCUGCGGGUGCACGUCUUCGGUGACCGGGCUUUGUUCGGAGACGGCUACAGCAGCGACAGGAGCAUCAAGGUCAGUUCAAGUAAAGCGACAUGUUACCGUUUGGAUGGCGUUGAUUUCAUGACCAUCUUCGGGUCUUGUCAAGACAUCCUGGACCAAAGUCGGAAGGGUAUUGACUUCACGGGGCUCGAAAGUGACGAUCGCAUGAACUUCUCUCGGCUGGUGCAGUUCCAAAAGAAGGAUUUGCAUCGCCUCACCUUCCUUCGGGCUGGGCAGUUUGGCAAUUUGGAGCUGUGGCACCACAACAAGACAGGUGUGCAAUACAUGGUGAAGUCGGUUUCCAAGGGAUACAUCAUGGAGCAGGGCUUGCAAAAGAAAAUCACUGAGGAGCGGGAUAUCAUGCUGAUGUUAGAUUCUUCUUUCAUCAUCUCCCUCUUCCAGACCUUCACAGGCAAUGAGAAGCUUUAUUUCCUGAUGGAGACUGCUUUGGGCGGAGAUCUCUACAGCGUUUACGUUAAGAACGCCUUGCAUGGUUCCCAAGCGCAUGCCCAGUUCUACUCCGCCUUGAUGGUGUUGGCCCUGGAACACAUCCAUGGUAAGCGCGUGGCUUAUCGAGACUUGAAACCCGAAAAUGUCUUUCUGAGCGCCACGGGCUACGUGAAAUUGGUGGAGUUCAGCUUGGCCAAAGUCGUCCACGGCAGGACUUACACCAUCGUUGGCACACCAGAGUACUUGGCACCGGAGAUGAUUGGUGUCUCUGGCCACAACCAGGCCGUGGAUUGGUGGGCCUUGGGCAUUUUCAUCUUCGAGUUGUUGGCAGGUCAGACACCCUUUGAGGGUUCGAACCCCAUGCAGACCUUCGGGAAAACCAUGGCUGGCAUGGACAAGGUAACGUUCCCUUCAAAGGUCAGUCCUUCUGCUCAACGCGUGAUUCAGGGACUCCUGAGACGCGCCCCAGCUUUCCGACUACCAAUGAAGAAAGGCGGUGUGAAAAACUUGAAAGAGGCAGAUUACUACAUAGAUUUGGAUUGGCGCCAGUUGCAAAUGCAGGCCGCCGAGGCUCCUUUCCAGAGUCGUCCGGAUGAGAAGAAUUUUCAAAGCGGCGCUGAGCCGCGGAAGGCGCCAUUUGUUCCUUUCCAGGACUGCCCAGGGCAACUUUCGAUGUUAAAGUUCAACCCGAGCCACUUGGUUCACACAUGUUCACUCUCCUGUUUCACGAGCUUUUGUUUGGCAACUCCCGAGGACGAUGGAAGUGGCUGGGACGUUGCUUUUGCCAGUUGGAAUCUGAAGGGCGACAUUAACGAAGCUUUCAGGGACUAAAUCGUCCCGCUGUCAAAAUGACAGCCCAUGGUGGCACAAACGAUCGCCUAUCUUCAAAGGGGGCGUGCCCUCCUGUACAGUCAGACUGUUUCAGGCGCGCGAACUGAUCACGACGUUAAAUUUGCAUCCAAUCAAUUUCUUGCGCCAUUGAGCAUAUUUCCAAGCGAAAGAGGCAUGUGAAAACAUCGUUAAAACCACGGCGAAGUCAACACGGUUGCAUGAUGCAGCUGGACGGCC